AUGUCUGUUCCUGCUGAUCCCUUGAACUUUAUCCCCGCAGAUCUCUUCUUCCCUACUGUACCCGGCUUCCGCAAGCCUAGGGACGUAGUCUCUGUUGAAUCAUCGCAGUCAAUCAAGCCUCUCGACAAGUUACGUUAUGCAGCUCACAUCACCCUUGCAGGUGUCAACGGCGACUCUGAGACGCACUGCUUGGUUCAAUUUGUCACUCCAUUGAUCUGGAGAAUCAGAUAUGACCCCAAGUACACCAGUCUCAAUGACUUUGACAGCACCAACACACGUACAAUUGUCAGAGAUACAUUUCCUGAGCUUGUCGAUGGACUUCAGCACGAGUACCGCGACUCCGACGCCUGGAAUUCUUAUCCUGCUAAAGGUGAAUGGUAUUGGAAUACAUCUUUUGUGGAGAAGGGGCCAGGCCAUUAUGUUCUGACUGCCAACGAGUAUGCGAACUCCACCGCCGAGGCUAAGCCCAAGACCAGCUUGCAUAUCUUUUCAUCUCCAUUUCGCAUCGUUGCUACUAGAAAGCUCACUGUGUUACCGGAGGGUGAUCAAAGUAUCUCGCAAUCCGUGGGUAUCAACAACGCUUUAGAAGUUGAACAGAUUAUCUGGCAAACCACCGACCAGACAUUUUCCUACGAAACGAACGGAAGUAUUGAUGUGAUCAAAAAUGUUGUCCUCAACGUCAAGAAACCUGGCCCUGCUGAGUAUCUUGGCUUUGGUGAACAGGGCGGCAAGACUGUAUUGAAGAAGCCUACUUAUUUGAACUACUUUUGCUAUGACAACUUCAACUAUCUCAAGGUCUACGGCAAGGGUGCACUUGAUAGUAGAGAGCCGCUCUAUCAAUCGUCCCCAUUUUACCUUGAGAUGAACGGAACUCCAACUUAUCAAAACGUCACUGGUGUUUUGGUGGAUAAUUAUUCCCAGGUUGCUAUUGAUCUCGGCAAGAAUGAUUCCAACAUCAUCAGCAUUGCCACUCGGUUCAACACAUUUGACGCGUACAUCAUGACAGCUGACAAUGUACCAACUAUGAUCUGGCAAUACACGUCUAUUAUAGGAAGACCCAAGCUCAAGCCCAGAUACAUUCUUGGACACCAUCAAGGAUGCUAUGGUUACUCUAACGAGGGCACGGUAUACAAUGUUGUCAACGCUUAUCGUGGGUCAGACAUCCCGCUUGAUGGAAUUCAUCUCGACGUGGACUUUCAGGAACGCUACAGAACAUUUACAGCCAGCACAGUGAACUUCCCCAACCCCAAGGCCUUUUUCAGCAAUCUUAAGAACCAAGGAAUCAAAGCCUGCACCAACAUCACGCCUAUCAUGACCCUCCGAACUGAGGUUGCGGGUGAUUACAAGCAGUUGGACGCCUUCUGGGAUCAUCAGAACCCAAACAACCCGGGGUCUAAGUGUAUGCUGGUGAAGGACAAAAGAUACAAAGACGGACUGAACAACUAUCCUCCAACAUACUGGAGAUAUGAUGGUCCCAACAGCAGCGGGCCACUUGCGAAGGGUGUCAAUCCUACUGUUUACGGAAACGAUUACUAUGGUCAACCUCAGCGUCUGUCGUUCGCUGAUUACCCCGGAGGCGAGGUCUAUGUGGACCAGUACAACUUCGAUGAAAACUACAAUAGUGGAUACCCAUUCCAUGGCGGUGUCAGCUAUGGUCAGACUUUGGGAACUCCUGGAUACUACCCUGAUCUCAACCGAGCGGAUGCCAGAAAGGUCUGGGGCGAGCAAUACCAAGACCUUUUUGACGCUGGUCUCGAGUUUGUAUGGCAAGACAUGACCACACCCGCGGUAGGAAGGUCUUAUGGUGACAUGCUGGGCUUCCCAUCUCGACUCCAGAUGACCGACGACAGUCCUCACGGUGCACCAAAAGCCAAAACCGCUAUUGAACUGUGGUCACUCUACUCGUACAACCUCCACAAAGCCACAUUCCAUGGACUUAACAGUCUCAAAGGGCGAGAGACUAAGCGUAACUUCAUCAUUGGUCGAGGUAGCCAAACCGGAAUGCAUCGCUUCGCCGGUUUAUGGACAGGUGAUAAUGGUAGCUCUUGGGACUUUUGGAAGAUCUCUGUUGCUCAAGUCCUUGCACUCGGUUACAGUGGACUGACUAUUGCCGGUGUCGACAUGGGUGGAUUCACUUCUGACCCAACUUCGAACUCACCGUAUCCUCGUUGGUGCAACCCCGAGUUACUGAUCCGAUGGUACUCUGGUGCUUUCCUCCUACCCUGGUAUCGCAACCAUUACAUGCAGCAUUGGGAUCAGGAAUCCAACCCACCAGCCAAGGUGUUCCAGGAGCCUUGGGCGUUUAGUGACGUUUUGUCGAAUCAAUACGCCCAUCUGAUUCCUGAAGAUCAACGCGUCUUGUAUGCUGCUGUUGUCCCCAUCUGCCGCUACUAUGUCCAGCUACGAUACACUCUUCUUCAAGUCAUGUACGAUUACAUGUUUGCCAACUUGAUCAAUGGUCUACCCAUCGCUCGUGCAAUGCUCAUCACUGACCCGCUUGAUACGAAUCUAUUCAACAACAACGAGGACUUCAUUGAUACACAGUAUCUGCUUGGUCACAACAUUCUUGUUUGCCCCAUCGUAGACCCUCAAGUAUUCAACCGGGACAUUUAUCUCCCCGGAACAGAUUUGUGGUACCCUUCCAACCUUGAGGUUGAUAACGGCAGGAACUUGGGUCAUGAUCCUAUCCUCAAGCAUGCUGCCGAUCUGAAGGAGCCAGUACAAGGUGGUAGAACCAUCAGCUACGGAUGCAGCAUCCGUGCUACUUUCGGAAACCUUGACAAUAUUCCUUUCGUUACUCCUGUCUAUAUCCGUGGUGGUGCUAUCAUUCCUCAAAUUGGUGUUCGUCAGUGUAUCAAGGAGAACGACCACAACCCACCGACAAUUCACUUUUACCCCGGUGGAAAGGGAAAAACGAAUUACUCAAUGUACCUUGACGAUGGUGUCAGCAAAGACAGCGCACCUAUCAAUCUACCUCAGUACAAGUAUCAAGACAAACCUAAGAAGGAAAGAAGCGCCAAGGGCAUUCACAAGGAAGUGAAAAUGACUCAGGAGACCACUAGCACUUCGCGAACUCUGACAAUCUGCCAUCCAUGGGAUGGAUUUGAUGCGACACCAACAGUCGGCGACGCUUACAACUUUGCUGUGUGGACUGUGAAGAAUGGAAGUUCACCUCAAGUUCAAGUUUCGUUCGAGGAUGAGACUGGCAAGACUGUCACGGAGCUUGGCCUGCAGUACAACUACAAUGCUGGCCGAGGCGUCUUGACUGUCAACAUCCCUGUGGCCCUUGUGCCGUCUCAUGACUCCCCUGUUCACACCAAUGGUACCUCGAAUGGCAUUGCCAAUGGCGUGACCAAUGGUUCCCCUGCCAAGAAACCACUCAUCGUUGUGAAGAUCACUGGUCUUCCUUGA